UUUAUCCCUCUGGGAGGAUCGGGGCUUGAAGUUUCAGAUGCAUCGGUAGAUGAAUCAUAACGGGAUCAAGAUGUCUGGACGAUCAGGCCGCGCUGAGACCCGAAGUCGGGCCAAAGACGACAUCAAAAAGGUCCUGGCGGCCAUCGAGAAAGUGCGCAAAUGGGAGAAGAAAUGGGUGACGGUUGGAGACACGUCCCUGCGCAUAUUCAAGUGGGUUCCAGUCACUGAAACGAAACAGAUCUUUCGGACCAAAUCUACGGGUGGAGACGUUAGGGGACUGAAGGAUGUGGUUCUGGAAAACACCAACUCUUUGCUGGAUUUCACAGAUGACAACAGCAAUCAAAGCUUCAUGUCAGACGUUUAUCAACCAAAAAUGGACAACAGCAGCAGCAACUCCAGCUCCCAGCAGGUCAGCCCCCCGCAUACCUUCAGCCUCCGAGCGGAGGACUCCCAGCCGCCCAUGCUGGGCCAGGAGAGUGUGGAUGAACCAGUCCAUUUGGGACAGGAAGGUGCAGAUGAGCCACCUACUCUUAUUAAAGAGGACCCUCUCUCAUCUGGAGCCAUCAAACGGGGAGCUUCAGAUAUACAGCAGGAGGACCUACCGGUAGAUGAAUCGGGGGCACCGCCUUUGAAGAGGAUUUGCAAAGGGGAAAAUGCAGCGCUGAGAUAGCUUUUGUACCACCUUUUUGUCCGUAAUGCAUAAGAAACCUGCUUGGAUGUUGGGAAAUUAACAACAUUUUCAGAAUUAUGAUGGGUUUCUUUUUACAUGUUUAUGCAAGUAUUACUCAUUACAGUUCAGCUGAGACUUUUUAAACUGUUAUGAAGCUUAAAGUGCAAAGCAGAAGCGUUUUCAAUCUUUGAAUGUACCUGGCCACACUGUAGAUUUCUGUUCUGUUUGCUGCAAACACAUUUCUGACAUCAGUUUUUUACGUUAGCAUGUUUUCAUACGUUGUUUUUAUUAUGUAAGGUUUACUAGGGAAUAAAUGCCCAAUGUGCAGCUUAAAGCAGAUUGAAGUUUAGAUGUGCCAUUUAUGCUUUCAAUAUAAAAUGCUUUCUGCAGAAAACCUUUUGGCUUGACACAUUUGAGAAUAAAAUCAUUUUUAAAAUAUGAUUCUAA